AUGCCAAACAAGCGCAACAAGGUCCAGCUUUCCUUCAUCUCCCCCACUAGCUACACGACGUCUACCUGCGGCUACUGCACAGCUCCUGGAUCUGGCAAACGAAGCUCCCACAAAUCGAGCAAAUCGUACGGCAUCUGGGCGCACCGCCUCUCGCCCUAUCAUUAUCAGGACCUCAUCGAUCGAGGAUGGAGACGCUCGGGCGAUUAUGUCUACAAGCCGGAUCUGCUCAGGACAUGCUGUGCCCAAAUCCCGAUCCGUCUCGAUGCUCGUGAAUUCAGACCGAAGAAAAGCCAUAAGCGGGCACUGACCAAUCUGCUCUUCCGCGUGCGUCACACCAAGCCAAAGCCGGCAAAAUGGAAGGGUAGAUGGAGCAGGUCAAGGAAUUGGGAUCUAGAAGAACGCUGGAACGAGAUCGUACCGUCACCUGCCAGUCAGCAAGGAGCUUCUACGUCCACACCGACGUGGGCGGAUAAAGUGGCAGGUCCCAUCACAAGCAGAUUGCAAGUACGCCUCGGUCUCGCCGCCUCCUCGCACGAAAAGUAUCAACUGUUUCGCAAGUACCAGGCCGCGAUCCAUGGCGAGUCGGACAAGGACAUCAGUAGUGAAGACGGCUUCCGUCGCUUUCUGGUCGACACGAGCAUUGCCUUGACCUGGCCUUCUAGUGGUGAACCGCUGACACCCGCCCAAGAGACGCAGUGGCGAGUUAAAAGCCUGGACCCAGCAGAUUUGCCCGCAGAGCUGCCGUAUGGCUGCUACCAUCAAGAGUAUCGCCUCGACGACCAGCUCAUCGGCGUCGGCGUGCUCGACAUCUUGCCCAACUGUGUCAGCAGCGUCUACGUAUUUUACGAUCCUGAACACAAGGACUGGCAGCUCGGCAAGGUCUCAGCGCUGCAAGAGAUCGCCUUGACCAAGCGUCUGGGUCGACUCAAAGCCAUGGCAGACAUCACUCGCUACUAUAUGGGCUUCUACAUCCACACGUGCCAGAAGAUGAAGUACAAGGCUGAGUACCGCCCGAGUCAGGUGCUCGACUGCGACACCAACACAUGGCACGAUCUGAUCAAUGUGGCCCCGAACAUGGAUGCGAAUCACUUUUUCGGAUGGUCAGAUGACCAACGUCAGCGGCAAGUCAGCCGUCCAGGCGAAUGUCAAGCAAGGGACCCGGACGCCAAAAAAGGGGUCCGCGUUCCUACUCAGCCACGUCCACCGCCAGGAAUGCUCGAUGCUGCUGCUAUUCUCAGCAGUCUGGUACAGGCACUGCGCGGCUCUGCUUGGCCCGAGACCGAGUCUGGACUGGAUCUGCUGCAACAUGCCAUGGUGCUUGAAGCGCAAAAUCAGGGGGAAGGCAUCAAACCGCUUUUGAUGUCCAACAUCCUUCGCAAUUACUUGCAGGCCGAAGGACAACAAGUCGAAGAGGACGAUCCAGAGCUAGUGCAAGUGGUAGAGUGUUUGGCUGCGCUCUCAAGUGCAGAGCUGGUUGCCGAGACGGUAGUGUUCAUCUAA